GUUUACAGCGGCCGAGGUCGGUGCGAAGCGACACAAGAGCCCGAAGAACUGCUGUCGGAGUCUAAGCCAGGGCUGCUGAGCGCCGAGUCUUGCUUGAUUGUAAUCUUGAACAUGGGCGGUGCUGUGAGUGCUGGUGAGGACAACGAUGAGCUCAUUGAUAAUUUGAAGGAAGCCCAGUACAUCCGGACGGACUUAGUAGAGCAGGCUUUCCGAGCUAUUGACCGAGCAGAUUAUUAUCUUGAAGAAUUUAAAGAAAAUGCAUACAAAGAUUUGGCGUGGAAACAUGGAAACAUUCAUCUCUCAGCCCCGUGCAUCUACUCGGAGGUGAUGGAAGCUCUGGAUCUGCAGCCUGGGCUCUCUUUUCUCAAUUUGGGCAGUGGGACUGGCUACCUCAGCUCCAUGGUGGGCCUCAUUCUAGGUCCUUUUGGCGUGAACCACGGAGUGGAGCUCCAUUCAGACGUGACUGAGUACGCAAAGCAGAAACUGGAUGUCUUCAUCAGAACAAGUGACAGUUUUGACAAAUUUGACUUCUGCGAACCUUCCUUUGUGACUGGCAAUUGCCUGGAGAUUGCCCCAGACUGCUGUCAGUACGAUCGUGUGUACUGUGGGGCUGGUGUGCAGAAAGAACACGAAGAGUACAUGAAGAACCUUCUCAAAGUUGGGGGGAUCCUCGUCAUGCCCUUAGAAGAGAAGCUGACCAAGAUAACACGCACAGGCCCUUCUGCUUGGGAAACAAAAAAGAUUCUGGCUGUUUCCUUCGCCCCUCUGGUCCAGCCCUGCCGUUCGGAGUCAGGACAGUCCAGACUUGUCCAGCUACCCCCACCAGCCGUCCGAAGCCUGCAGGACCUGGCCCGGCUUGCUAUCCGUGGCAGCAUCAAGAGGGCUAUGCGCCAGGACGCCACCAGAGGAGGUGGAGUGAAGAGCACGCCUAUGUUCAAAAGAAGGAGAGUCCGUCGCAGGCGGAUGGAGACCAUUGUCUUCUUGGACAAAGAGGUUUUUGCCAGUCGAAUUUCCAACCCCUCUGAUGACACCAGCUGUGAGGAUGCCGAAGAGGAUCGAAGGGAAGUGGCAGAGAGGACCUUCCGGGAGGCCAAGCCUGAGCCCCCGGUAAACUUCCUUCGUCAGAGGGUGUUGCGCCUCCCUUUGCCUGACCCCCUGAAGGACUACCUGCUGUAUUACAGGGAAAAGUGAGCCGUGGGAGAGUGGGAUCGGGGUCCCAGAGGAAACUGCUGGCCAGCUACACGUGUCUUUUCCCUUUCUUGGUCCCUCUCUAUCCUCUAAAACUUUUCAUGCAAUGGUGUGAUUUAUUUAAAGCACAAUCCAACAAGAAACUGCAUAGAAUUAUUUUCCUUGGGGGUGGGAUGGGGUGGGGCAGGGCGUGCAUCUUGUUGGUUCUACUGUAACUUGAGCUUGUUGGGGACCGCGUGAUCUGCUCCUUCUGCAGGCGGACUUAAACACUGAACUCGAUGGCAUUGUGUCCUGUGUGAAGCAAGGGGCGAGUCUGUAAGGGUCUAACAUCUUGUGUGAACCCACCACCACCCAGCUGGAAUUUUACGUGCUGAUUCUAUUGCUGGCACUGAGUUCUUCUGACUUUCCUCAUUUUCUAGGUCGGAAAAUGUUGAAAAUCCUUAUUUUAAUCAAACUAAUCAGAUCCCAUGUGAAGUGUCAACUGUAAUUAUUAAAAGAAAAUGAAAUGCAGGAGGGAAGAAUAAAGAUGCCAGAUGUCUUUCUGGAAUUUCCAAAGACUUCCAAGCAGUUGGUCCCCCACCCCCGUUAACAAAUGUGUGCGUGACAAGCUUUCCUUGAACCGUAGGAAUGAUUCCUGGGUCAUUGAACUGCAAAGACCAGAACAGUUUUCUAAGGUGUUUCCCUGCGACCUCUCAGGGCAGGUGGAGAGACCGCAGGUGUUAACAGACAGCCCAUGCCUCCCGACUUCAGUUUGCGGUCUUCCUUUGAUCAUAGAUAGGAGAGUACCAGUUCCUAGAUUUUUAUCUUUUAUAGUUCUGGAGAAAAACUUGUUAGUUUUGUAAAUUUUCUUAAGAACAGAUAUAUGUAUUUUACUAGCUCCAUUGCAUUAGAGCAAUUUAACUCAGUGACUUGUGAAAUCCAUUAUCUCCAGGCCAUUGGCGUUGAGAACUAUCAAGUUUAAAAAAGUAAAAAAAUUAAAAAAGCAAUCUUUUUGGCUGUCAGAGGGCAGGACUUGAAGUUUCAUUGCUGAUCCAAAAAGCUGGCUCAUAAAAAAAAAAAAAAUUUUAGCCCAAAGAAAAGAAUAGUGUAAAUUGUUAAUAAUAAACCCAAGUUAGAGUGUUAAUUUAGGAUUAAGUACUGAGAUUUUAUGAUUUGCUUUUAGCUUAGCCUUAUGUGGCUUUCAGGGAGAAGUUUGAUAGUUCUGUGAUAUCUCUAAACUUAAAUGGGUAUUUUGGUUCCUUUCUUUCUUUUUUUUUUUUUUUAAGUUAGUUGAAUCAUUUUUACCACACAGUAUAGUCUGCAUGUAUAGUUGGGAAAACAUAUAAUGCCCUACAUUAUAAAUAUAAUGUACACUUAACAUUACUUUAAAUAUAAGCUAUUUAAAGAAAGUUUAUAGUUGUUUUUCCUUGCCUUUUAACUCCAAUUUUAGCUUCUUUUCUUUCAGAGAGAAAUGCAUGCUCUAACUUGACUUGCAGAUGUUUGUAGUUUGCAGAUAUUUGUUGAUGUUAACUCUAAUUGUUAGCUAGACUUUUAUGUUACCUGAAAAUUUGGGGACAUAAAAUUAAAUAAAUGAUAUCUGUAAACUCUGUAUAUUAGGUGACUUGACUGAAUUUUUUCCUGUGAUUGAAUAUGGGCUACAGUUUGAAAAGCCACAUUUGCCUUUAUGCUGGAUUUUAAAAAAAAUAAUAAAAUGCGUAUGACAUUUUCCCUUUAUAUGUUAAACUUUUCUUAGCAUUUUGUAUUUGUAUAUUAUCAUUUUGUGAUUUUAAACCAUAAUUCAGUUAAAUAUAGUUGUAACAAGUGAGAAAUGAUUGGCCUUUAUAUUAUAAAACCAGGGGAAAAUUGGAAUUUUCUCAUGAGUAAACACUUUGCUGCCAGAAAUUCAGUAUAUAUUGGUGUUAUAUACAAUAAUACACCACAUUGUUUUCAGGCUAAUAAAUCUUAACUUAUUCAAAUGUUUGUCUUCAGAAUUUAUAUUGUAAACAACAUUGACAACUGCUGUGUUUUAAGGAGUGGGUGUUUUAAAUGUGUUGUAAUGUAAGAAUCAAAGGUGUACAUAAAAAUAGACUUGCCAGUGUGGAACGUAAAGCUGAAAAUCCAAGAAAUUAGAAACAUUACUUCUUUUUUUAAUGAGGUGAAACAUGGGUGAAUACAACUCAAUAAAAAGUGUGAAGACAUUUUA